CGAAAGCAAAAGAAUAGAGACGCCAUUUCGAGGCUUUGGCCGUUAACAUUGGAUAUUUUUUAAUUUUGUGCGUCAGCAACAGCAAGAAUCAAAGAUCAAAGUCUCCAGAGCCCAGUGGUUUGUCUGUGAAGAGUAAAGCCUAGUUCACACUGCAUGAUUUUAGGUCUGAUAUUCAUUUGCCAACAGAUUUUGCACAAUCGCAGAAAAAUGCCUGAAAUUCGGUAGCAAAUUGGUGCUCGUUCACAUAAGUGACAAUCAUAAAGUGUGAAAUAUCAAAGACGCAAUCUGAGAGAAGGGCUGUGCAAUUUGAAGAAAAAUGUGAUAUGCGGUACCUUGUUAAAUAAUGCGAUAUUCCAUAUGCGAUACGAUAUUGCUUUAAGUGCAUAAAAUAAAUGUAAAUUAUAUUUAAAAAUAUAUAUAAAAAAUAACAUUAUAUAACCAAUAUAUAUGUUUCAUAAUCUUUUUGGGAAAAGAAAUCAUCACUACAACUUAUGAAAGUGACCAGAAGUGUUUUAUUAGUUAUUAGUUAUUUUUGUUAUUUUAAUUUAUCUUUGUUAUUAAAAAAUAAAAACUACAAACAAUAGGAAAAAUACAAUAGGACAAAUUCUUACUUGAAAUAGCAUUCAAGUAAGAAACAAUACAGAAACUGAAUGAUCAAAUGUAAAUCUAAAACACUGCAUAGUCUUCACAUGAAUUAAAUAUACAUUAAUUCAUAAUAAAGUUACAAAAGUUAUUCAGUCAAGAGCAGUGAGUGAAUUUCUCUUUAUCUUUUGUUGUUUGACAGACAGCAGCAGGUUUACUGUAUUAGGCUGCUUUCUCUUUAAGAUCUAAUGCAAGGCCACAGAUCAUCCGAUUUCUUUCCCAACUGAUAACGUUCAAUAAAGACAUAACCGACUGUUUUUACAUGAAUACUCACCAAGACAGACAUUUUGACAUAUCAUAUGUAUUUGACUGUUCGAGUGCAAUAAGGCACGAAAGAGAAUUGAAGUGACCACACGCUGUCAGAGAGGCGGCUUGUGUGCACGCUUGGGGUGUGUGUCAGACAGCAGACAGCGCAAGACUGCAAGGAGUUGUUUUCCGCAACUUAUUGCGGUUAAUAACUCUUCUUAACAUCAAGCAAGUCACAUUAGUAACAGUCGCAUACCCAGUCUAUUCAUCGCUUUAUGUGUUGACGUUUUGUAGUAGCAUAUUAAAAUCAGUUUCGAUCAUUUUGAUAUAUCGUGCAGCCCUACUAAAUAUCUGGACCUGUCUGUGAUUCCAAAUCCUGAUGUGUGAAAUAUGUUCUGAUUGAAAAUGACAUCGGCGAUGACCUACAGCCAACGAGAGAGCAAGGACACAGGGCAGUGGGAAGUAUGAGGAGAAGUUAUAGACCUACAUCUCCCCAACUAUUUCCUCCAUAUUAUUUUUUCUUUUUCUCAUUUUUUGUGCAAAUUAGCUUAAAUUAGCAAUAAGCUUCUUGCGGGUUAAUAUUUUUAAUAACAAUUUCCAGUCUUGCGCCAGAACUCUUGUCUCACGCGUGACCUUUUGUUAUUUCCUUAUCGCUGCUCACAUGUGUAUCAUUGUGAAAUGUAGUUUUGCGCACCAGACAGAGAUGUCGGCGAUUCUUUUUAUUGUAAAUUCAUGCAAUGUGUAACCCCGUCGCUGAUCCAUCAUGCAGUUUGCACACAGCAGCGCUGAAUGCUACCCCAGAUAGUCGUGAAGUGUAAAAAGAACAGUGAUCUGACGACUUUGAAAAUUGUGCAGUGUGAACUCUGCAUAACAGAUCCAUGGACCCACCCGUUGUAUUCAAUGAUGGACCGAAGACCUUUGACCCCAGUGUCAGCAGAAGGAAGAGUCAAAGAUCAGAGUCUCCAGAACCCAGUGAUGUGUCUGUGAAGAGUAACAGAUCCAUGGACCCACCCAUUGUAUUCAGUGAUAGACCAGUGACCUCUCACCCCAGCAGAAGGAAGAGUGAAAGAUCAGAUUUUCCAGAACCCAGUGGUGUGUCUGUGAAGAGUAACAGAUCCAUGGACCCACCCAUUGUAUUCAGUGAUAGACCAGUGACAUUACACCCCAGUGUUAGCAGAAGGAAGAGUAAAAGAUCAGAGUCUCCAGAACCCAGUGAUGUGUCUGUGAAGAGUAACAGAUCCAUGGACCCACCCAUUGUAUUCAGUGAUAGACCAGUGACCUCUCACCCCAGUAUCAGCAGAAGGAAGUAUCAAAGAUCUCCAGAACCCAGUGGUGUGUCUGUGAAGAGUAACAGAUCCAUGGACCCACCCAUUGUAUUCAGUGAUAGACCAGUGACCUUUGACCCCAGCAACGUUUUACAGUGUACAUCCCACUGUAAAACCCAUAUCAGGCAGGACAACACUGAAGCAGUCCUGCAGACACACACACUGGAGAUUGGAGAGCUGCAGAGAGUCAAAGACGAGCACAAAGCCAGCAUGAAGAACAACUAUGAGAGAUUAUUUGAGGGAAUAAACCUAAAAAAGACACAAACACUUCUGAACAGGAUCUACACACAGCUCUACAUCAUAGAGGGAGAGAGAGAAGGAGUGAAUGAAGAACAUGAGGUUGUACAGAUGGAGAAAACAGCCAGAACACAACACUCACAAGACACUGCAAUCUACUGCAGUGACAUCUUUAAUGCCUCACCUCAACCAGGAUGUGAGGAGAGAGACCAAAUCAAGACUGUUCUUACUAAAGGCAUCGCUGGAAUCGGAAAAACCGUCUCUGUGCAGAAGUUCAUUCUGGAUUGGGCAGAGGGAAAAGCCAAUCAGGAAGUAGAUUUCAUGUUUGUGCUUCCAUUUCGAGAGUUGAACUUGAUCCGAGAUGAUCAGUACAGUCUUCACAGACUUUUGCUGGACUUUCACCCUGAACUUCAAGAUCUGGACUCAAAGAUUUAUGAGGAGUGUAAAGUUGUGUUCAUCUUUGAUGGUCUGGAUGAAAGCAGAAUCAGACUGUUUUCAGAUGCUCAGAAAGUUUCUGAUGUGACUGAGACUUCAUCUGUGAGUGUGUUGAUGUCAAACCUCAUGAAAGGAGAGCUGCUUCCCUCUGCUCUCAUCUGGAUCACCUCCAGACCAGCAGCAGCCAAUCAGAUUCCCUCCAAAUACAUCAACCGUCUGACAGAAAUUCAGGGAUUCAAUGAGCCUCAGAAGGAGGAAUAUUUCAGGAAGAGAAUCAGUGAUGAGCAUCAAGCCAGCAGAAUCAUCUCACACAUCAGAAGAGCAAGAAGCCUCCACAUCAUGUGCCACAUACCCGUCUUCUGUUGGAUCUCAUCCACUGUGCUUCAAAAGCUCUUGAAAGAAGAUCUGAGUGCAGAAAUCCCUCAAACUCUGACUGAAAUGUAUAUCCACUUCCUGCUGAUUCAGAUCAACAUGAGGAAUCAGAAGUAUGAAGAGAGAGAUCCAGAGAAACUCCUGCAGUUCAACAGAGAAGUGAUUGUGAAACUUGCUGAAGUGGCUUUUAAUCAGCUGAUGAAGGGCAAUGUGAUGUUCUAUGAGGAGGACCUGAGAGAGAGCGGCAUAGAUGUCACUGACGCCUCAGUGUAUUCUGGGAUUUGCACUGAGAUCUUUAAGGAGGAAUCUGUGAUUCAUCAGAGCAAAGUCUACAGCUUUAUUCAUCUGAGCGUCCAGGAGUUUCUUGCUGCUUUCUAUGUAUUUUACUUUCAUCUAAGUAUAAUUAUGGAAGGACUGAAGAAUUUUGCUUCAGUACAAAAUUUGCUUAAAGGUGUAAUAGAUGAAGCCCUUGAGAGUGAGAAUGGACAGCUGGAUCUGUUCCUGCGGUUUCUGCUGGGCGUCUCACUGGAGUCCAAUCAGAGACUCUUACGGGAUCUACUGACACACACAGAGAACAGCUCAGAGAGCAUUGGAGAAAUAACACAGUACAUUAAAGAGAAGAUCAAAGAUGGUUAUGGACUCUCCACUGAAAGAUCCAUCAAUCUGUUCCUCUGUCUGUUGGAAGUCAAUGAUCAGACUCUGUCUCGAGAGAUUCAGGAGUUUGUGAAAUCAGACAAAGACUCAGAGAAGAAACUCUCUCCUGCUCACUGCUCAACAAUCUCCUACUUGCUUCAGAUGUCAGAGGAGGUGCUGGAUGAGCUGGACCUCAAGAAAUACAACACAUCAGAUGAGGGUAGAAGAAGACUGAUACCAGCAGUGAGCAACUGCACAAAAGCUCUUUUUGCUGGCUGUAAUCUCUCAGAUCAGUCCUGUGAAAUUGUGGCAUCAGCUUUACAAUCCUCAAACUGUGUCCUGAGAGAGCUGGACUUGAGUCACAAUGACCUGCAUGAUUUGGGAGUGAAGCUGCUCUCUGAUGGACUGAAGAGUCAAAACUGUCACUUAGAGAUCCUGAGGUUGUCUGGCUGUAUGGUGACAGAGGAAGGCUGUGGUUUUGUGUCUUCAGCUCUGAGUUCAAACCCCUCACACCUGAGAGAGCUGGAUCUGAGCUUCAAUCACCCUGGACAAUCAGGAGUUAAGCUGCUCUCUGACAAACUGAAAGAUCCAAAAUAUAAAUUGGAGAUUCUCAAUUUGGACUAUGGAGAAUCUUUCAGGAUCAAACCAGGACUACGAAAAUAUGCUUGUGAUCUCACUCUGGAUCCAAACACAGCACACAAUCAACUCAUGCUUUCUGAGGACAACAGAAAGAUCACAUAUGUUAAAGAUCACCAGCCGUAUCCUGAUCAUCCUGAGAGAUUUGCGAACCAUGAGCAGGUUCUGUGUCAAGAGGGUCUGACUGGAAUCUGCUACUGGGAGGUUGAAUGGGAAGUUUGGGCUCGUAUAGCAGUGGCAUAUAAAGGAAUCAGUAGGAAAGAAGGGGCUAUGUGUAACUUUGGAGACAGUGAAAAAUCCUGGUGUCUUUUCUGCACUGGUGAUGUUUUUGUUGUCUGGCACAACAAUGUAAGCAAAAACAUACCAACUCAUUUACCACAAUCUAAUAGAAUAGGCAUCUUUCUGGACUGGCCGGCCGGCACUUUGUCCUUCUACAGUGUCUCUGACACACACACACUCACACACUUACACACAUUCAACACCACAUUCACUGAACCCCUCUAUGCUGGAUUUAAGGUUUUUGAGUCCUCACUGUCUCUGUGUCAGAUUACACAAUAGAAACACAAUUGAAAUAGACUGACUUUAUGUCUGAAAAUCACAAUAUAGAGCAUUGGUUCCCAAACUGGGGUAUGUAAACCAAAUCCUGAGUUUUGCCAGUCAUUUAAUUUUAUAGCACCCUAAAAUAACCUAAAAUAACAUUAAAGUAUGUAUUUCUAACAGGCAGAAUGCCACCUAUAAAAGGUCAAGUACAUUACAUCCAAUCAAAAACUGUUGUGCAUCUCUAUAGCAAUACCGUGGCGUUUUGUUGGUUAACUUUUUAUUGAACAUUUUAUUUAUUGAAAACAUUUUCUCAUAACAUUAUUUAUGCCAUUGCAGUUGCAUUCAUGCAAUCACAAUGCUAUUAUCAAGCCAUCUCUGAGCAGCAUUAAACAGUGUGUAAAUACAACUUGAUGCAGCUUGUGCCAUUGCAGUGCAAAGAUGGCUUUUGUUGGUACUGAUUUAAUUUGAUUUAAAUUAUUUAGUUAAUUUAUCGCUUUAUUCAUUAUAUUACAAAUUAAAUUAAUGGAAUUUUAAGCAUUUUACAUCAAACAUGACAUUAAUUUAAAAGGGUUCGAAAAGCUUUGUUUCUCUAAAAUAGUCUCUCACUUUAUUUUUAUAACACUUCAUGAUUAUCUAAUCAAAAUAACUAAAUAAGUAUUGCAGUGUUGAUAAAAAAAGAACUGAAAUCGGAUGCGUUUCUGAUUUAUUUAUAUUUUUCUGUCAGCUGCAUGAACAUUUGGUUUUCUUACGUCACUAGCUUUAAAUAUGCAACUUCGCAGGCUAAUGCAUGCAUAACUGACCAGCUGAAUAUAAACUAAUGCAAAUAGAUGGUAACAAUUGUGACAUUAAACAUUUGGGUCGGAUUUGCUUGUAUUUUUGUCACGUUGUUUUAAAGGGUUAAUUCACCCA